AUGGCCAUGGCCGUCCUCUCCGGGAAGCUCAGGCGCCUCUCGAGCUCUCGCCAUCUCACUUCCAAUCUGCCACCUCCCCUCUCCUCCUUCCCCAGAACCCUAGUCCCAUCCCAUACUGACCUGAACCCAAGCUCUCCUUCCUCAUCUUCUCCGAAUGGGCCGUCGUCCUUCUCCUGUUUCGGAUCCAUUCCAGUCUCUCAUUCUUCGCAGGGCUCACAUGUCAAGCUCCUCAGGACUGGCACCCAGAGUUUCCGCUUCUAUUCCGCCGGAGAGUCAAGAAUCCGGCGCCCUAACCGCCGCCGCCGGAAAAUGGAGCAGGUCAUGGAGUUGCUUAGGAGCGGUUCGGAUGAUCUCCGCCCCAAAUUGGAUGGGCUUGAUGUAAGACUCCCUGUCUCCUCGGUAGUGUGGAUACUUCAGUCCAUGAAUGGUGAAAAGAUUCCUGCUUUAGAGUUCUAUGACUGGCUCCGGGCCUCUGUCCCUGAGCACGUACGCCAUCCCGAUAUUUGCAGCUUACUUGUCGAUAAUUGCGGGCGGCUAGACGAUUACAGUACCAUGGUUUCCCUGUUGAUUGAGUUUAAGUUGAAUGGGGUGUGCUUAAAUAGGAAGGCUUUCCGAUUCUUAAAUGUCCUGGCUUCGUCGAAGACAUCUGUUAAGGAUUCUGUGAGUAACGUGGUUGGUGUGUUGAAGAAAGUGGGGGGCUCCUGUCUCGACUCCGGGAUCUGCAGCCUGAUUGAGAUGUUCAGCUUAUUGGGCUCCGUAGCCUUGGCGAAAUAUGUGAUUCAAAUAUCGGAGCAAAAGGUGUCUUAUUACAAUGUUCUAGUGAAGGAGAUGUGCAGCAAAUGUGAUUUCCAAGCACUGAAGCAUUUGCUUUCUGAGAUGAGGCAAUUGGGUUGUAGCCCGAACAGGUGCACGUAUAAUUACAGUAUCAGUAGCUUGUGUCGAAACAAUGAGAUCAACAAAGCUCGAGAAAUGCUGGAGGAGAUGCAGAGAUCGGAUUGCCCUCCCGAUGCUUUGACCUUUGAGAUAUUGAUUUGUUAUCACUUAAGGAAAACGGGAGAGAUGGAUAUUGCUCUGGAGUUGCUCAAUCAGAUGGUACUGAUGGGCAUUGAGCCUCGGCUCACCACCAAUGCUGCCUUCAUCAAGGCCUAUUUUUUUUCGGGGCAACGUGAAGAAGCCUAUAAAUUUGUCAUAAGUUCAUGGCACCGGAGCCCGAUAAAUGUGAGAUACUCCUUGCUUGCCAGUCUAUACCAGAAAGAAGGGAAUCUCGUCGAAGCCCAAAAGGUUCUCGUGGAGAUGAUGGAGAAGGGACUGAGACCUAAUGUUUCUGUUUACAAGAGAGUUCUAAGACAUCUCAUCAAGUCUGGAGAGACGGAUUUGGUCGGUCAAAUUCUGCUUAUGAAGUUCGGCUCUGGUGCUGGAUAG